AUGGACUCGAAAUUGCCUCUGCUGCCUUGGGACAGUCGGAAACAACUGGCGGGGUCCCUUUUUAUACGGGUAACUAUCCCCAAACACCACCCCGGAGUGAAGCUGAUUUCCAGCAAAGGGGAACAGACAGGGCCAACGUCUGCAUUGGAUUUCUGUUCACCAGGCACAGCUCUUCCAAGACAUUUACUCAUCCCGUCACGGGCUAAAAUAUCCCUGCCGGAGGAGGACCGGAACUUUCUUCUAGCCAAGGGUGUUUUCUCAUUGCCCGGGAAUAAUGCCUGCGCGAGCCUCCUCCGAGCCUACAUGUCCCACGUCCAUCCAAUUAUGCCCAUCAUUGAAAUUGAUCAGAUCUUGAACCACUAUUAUGAUGGGCGACUAAACGAAUAUAACAUUCUGCUCCUCUGGAGUGUUUUUUUCGCUGGAGUUAAUGUACGUCGCCCCCCCGGAUUCUCGAAUGUGUGUGUGACUAAGGCUUCGCGCCAGUUUAUUCCACCGUCCGUAUAUGAGGAGGAAGGGUAUAAUUCGCGCAAGGAGAUGAAAAGUGAUUUGUAUUCCCGCGCCAAGUGCAUGUACUACAACGGCGGAGAGAGAGACAAGGUCACUCUUCUGCAGUCGUCGCUUCUGCUGGGCUUCUGGCAUUCUAGGCUGGAUGAACACAUGCAGCCCUGGUACUGGACCGGAAUCGCCAUUUCUCUUUGUCAGGUCCUCGGUUUACACCGCAACCCGGACGAGUCCCGAUACAAUUCUACUGUCACUGAACAGCAGCGAAUGCUAUGGCGCCGUCUUUGGUGGAGUUGCUUCUUUCGUGAUCGAUGGCUCGGGCUCACAUAUGGGAGACCAAUGCGCAUCAACCUGAAAGACUGCGAUACUCCGAUGCCACUGGCCUCUGAUAUUCUCUACGACGUAGCGGCCGUAUCAGGAUCUAUUUCUGAUGAUUUUUUGUCGAAUGAAAUGCCGCGGCUGGCACGGUAUUGGAUCAUAGUCGUCGAGCUGAGCAAGUUAUUGGGUGAAUGUCUUACCCUGAAUUACCAAAUUAUGAGACCUACGCCCUCUCUUGAUGAAGUUGAAGCCCUCGAAACAAAGCUGCUUCAGUGCAAAUUGCCUGACCAGUACGAGAAGGGGUUAACUCGAUUAGCCACAUUCUACUGCUACCACGUCCAUUUACACUACCAGGCACUUGCAAUCACAUUUUACCGACCAUUUUCGUCGGAAACUUCUGGCAUGCUUCCACCCAACUACCCAGAAGAUUGGUGUCUCCGCAUGCGACUCAAAGCCGAUGCCGCAGCUUCUCAGACUAAUAGUAUUUUGGAGACACUGGCUCAGAAUCAACUGCUCAAUUUCGCGGGUCCAAUGACGCCCCCGCUUCUAGUUCCUGCGAUGCAGACACAUCUGCUAUUCUGCCGGUCUGCGGACUCACUCUCCCGGAAUCUUAGACUCAACAAGAUUAACAUGUUGAUGUUAAUCUUGGAAGAGCUUCAGAAAACAUAUAGCGUUGCGUCUCUCUACCGUGGAAUAUUCUUGAAAGCCAUGCAACAGAUGUUUCCCAAUUACCAGCCGUGCACAUCUUCUGGUCACGCUGCCGGUCCUGAUCGAGGCCACACCACGGGGUCAUCAGCCAUAUUAAACGCAGAGCCCGUCACGGAAGACCCUCACGAGGAGGGCCCCCACGAACUGGGCUUAGUCUUCAAUGAUGGAUUCGUGGAUGCACUCAUGGACGAGGCGUCACUUUUUAACCUCUGGGAACACUGGAGUUCGGUCUAA